AUGGCAUGCAUGUCGCCAUGCCCGUCCAUGCAGGUGUACGCCACCAUCUCGGCGCGGCUGCUGCAGCGCGUGGUGUCCAUGUGUGUGGAGCAGCCGUCCCACCCCGACCCCAUCCCUCCCGUGCUGCUCGACAUGCUGCACGCCGAGGCUGCCCCACAUGCUCAGGCUGCCCCACAUGCUCAGGCCGCCCCACAUGCUCAGGCUGCCCCACAUGCUCAGGCUGCCCCACAUGCUCAGGCUGCCCCACAUGCUCAGGCUGCCCCACAUGCUCAGGCUGCCCCACAUGCUCAGGCUGCCCCACAUGCUCAGGCUGCCCCACAUGCUGCUGUACAUGAUCAGGCAUCACAUGCAUUGUCUGUUCUCUCACCUGCUAGCCCAUCCUCUCCAUCCCCCCAUUCCGCCCCUCCCACCUCCCGCUGCUCGUGCUGCCCCUCCUCGCCUGCACGCUCCCAGGCCAACACAUCUGCCCACGCCAUCCACUUCCUGCCAGUCUUCGACCCCGCGCCCCUGCCGCCCACGCCCUACUGCCCGCCGCCCACCUCCGCCCUGCACGCGCUGCUGGGGGCGGCUGCACCGGGCGCGGUGGGCGUGCAGCAGGGGGGGCUGGAGGGCGGGAAGGGGGCACGGCACGGAGAGGUGCCGAUGGAGUGA